AUGUCGUCUUCCCCGCACUCUCCCUUCAGGCGACUGUUGGUCGCCAACAGAGGAGAAAUUGCCGUUCGAGUACUGCACGCAGCAAGAGAAUUACCUGAUACAAUCGAACUCUUCGCUCUCUGCACAUCAGACGACCAAUCGCACUGCGAUCUAGGCCGACCAGACCAUGCAAUCGAAAUUCCAUCAGCAUCAACAUACCUUGACAUAUCCUUUUUGGUAAAACUUGCCAAAGAGCACUCCAUCGAUGCCGUGCAUCCAGGCUACGGCUUCCUUAGCGAAAGCGCCGAGUUCGCCUAUCGCAUGUGGCACGAAGCCGGAGCCACUGUCAUCGGACCAGGAUGGGAGAAUCUCGCCCGAACAGGCGAUAAACUACAAGCCAAGCAGCUGGCCCAGAGAUGCGGGGUCCCGAUCUUGCAGUCCAUGAAUGAAGCCACCGAGAACAUGGAUGAAGUUCGUGCGUUUGUCAGGCAGGUCGGCUUGCCAGUUAUGAUUAAGGCUGUGGAUGGGGGUGGUGGUCGUGGAAUUCGUCUUGUGCGCGAGGAGCAUGAAUUGGAAAAUAGUUUUCAGCGAGCGAUUGGCGAGUCGCCUUCCAGGUCUGUUUUUGUUGAAAAGGCUGCUGUGGUUGGGUUUCAUCAUGUUGAGGUUCAAAUCAUUGGUGAUGGGACUGGGCAGGUGAGGCAUUUGUGGGAGCGAGAUUGCAGUGCCCAGAGGCGGUUCCAAAAGGUUGUUGAGUGUGCGCCUUCUUUGAUGCGCGAUAGGGGUUUGGUUGGGAACGUCAUUGGGGCUGCGCUUAGGAUGGCUGGGGAGGUUUGUUAUCGGUCUCUCGGGACUUUUGAGUUCUUGGUCAGUGAGCAGCUCAGGGAGUUCUACUUUCUUGAGACGAAUGCUCGCUUGCAGGUUGAACAUCCGAUUACGGAGUCUAUUAGUGGGAUAGAUCUGGUACAGACGCAGCUUUUGUUGGCUCAGGGAUGGUCAUUGGCUGAACUUUGCGCCGAGGACCCAAGCAAUGGGUUUGCGUUGAGUAUUGGCAAGGUCACUGCAUUUAGUGUGCCCAGUGGGCACGGAAUCCGUCUGGACACCAAUAUCGACCUCUCAGGAAGCUCACCGCUAGUGGUUGGAUCGAACUUUGAUAACCUACUGGCGAAGAUCAUCGUCACCGCACCAAGUUGGGAAGCAGCUGUUCGAAAGGCCCAGCGGGUAUUGGCGGAUUCGAGCAUUGAGGGCGUAAAAACAAACAUCGGCCUUCUAAGAGGGAUUGUGUCCCACUCUGAUUUUAUCUCCGGCAACGUCGACACGCAGUGGCUUGGGCUCAACAUUGACGCCCUAAUCCAGGAAGGAGAAAGGAUUGCGAGCGAACUUCCCAUAUUGAACCGUCCGGCAGGCUCCUCACAAACGAUAAGCCAGGCUUCCCUUCCAACGUCCAAUCUACUAUUCCGAAAAGGAGAUGCAUGGUCAAUUACCCUGGAGCCUCUGUCCAAAGACAGCGAACAGGCGGACAAAGUUGCCCACCAUCUGCUUCUAUCUCGUGUUCUACGGAAUGAGUUCCCGAACUCGCUCACUGCCGAAAUCGAAUACACAACGCCAACUUCGCAGACUGCGACUCCUUAUCGGAUGCAACUCGACACAACCACCACGGCGGCGUCUGCACUAGUAUCCACAUCGCAUCGACGAGGUGAUCCAAAGAAUCCACACCACAUAAUCCUCCCUCUUUCCGGCAAAUUGAUCGAAAUGCUGGUCUCAGACGGUGAAGAUGUUGUCGAAAACCAGGUCUUGGCUUUCGUCAAGCAAAUGAAGAUGGAGCUCGAGGUACGCAGCCCUCGUAGUGGAAAGAUCAAGUGGGUUUAUGAGAUGGAAGAUGAGGAGGAAGAUGUUGCAGAGGGCAUGUUGUUGGUUGAAUUAGAACCAACCAAAGUGGAAGUACGAGGAAAGUUGUGA